AUGGAAGGGGAAGAUGGUCAGGCUCCACCACUUCAAAACAUGGCCACUUCCGCGCAAGUCAGCCAACAAUUUGUUCUCCCGGCUUCCGCAUAUCCCUUGGUGAGCCGAAGAGCGCUAAUGGACAGCUCUCUGACGGUCCUCACCGUUGCUGCUGCUGCUGUUGCUGAUCAGGAUGGGGCCGUUGACGCUGUUCAGGAAUCGGAAGCGUUUUCCACUUAUUCGUGCCUUAAACACAACCUUGAUACUGCCCGGGCGACUACUCUUUGGUCCCGCGAAAGCACCAGGGUGAAAAGUGGUCGCUGCAAAUACCAAGCUACGUGGGCGGUCUGCAGUAGUAACAGUAGCAACAGGAGUGUCAGUGACGACGAGGAGGGCAAAGACGACUACGCACAAUCUCGUGGCUCCAAACCGCGUGAAUUUUAG